AUGUAUUCUCCGAUCCGCGAAGCAAACGCUGAGUCCUGCACUUUUCACUCUUGGGAACGGCCACUGUGUGUGGGUGUGGUAUUUGGCGGCACCACCAUGGACGAUGUACAAUGGCCAGAUCAAAGACUGGAGAUUGGAGGCUUUGAGGUAGGGCCAAUAUCAUUCCCUCUGUACAUAGUGCGUGGUGAGCGGCUUGGUUCCAUUGCAGGGGAUGGGGGAGCCAGACGGGAGCCGGGAAUAGUCACAUGA